CGUCGUUGGAGACACCCCCACGACCUCGGUGAUUGCGUGGCGUGGCUCGACGAUGACAGUUUGAACGAUACUCAGAGCACCCACAAUGCUUUAAAUCCACCCACAGCAAGUUGUCCUGAUCGAGCCUGCUCGGAAGUAGCGCACCGCUGCCCCCACACACCCUCCAUGAUUAAGGAUGCGAUCGUGACACUGAAGGACCAAACUGUUUCCAGCCAGCCCGCCAUCGCGAAGUUCAUCGAGGACAAACAGAAGAACCUGCCGGCCAAUUUCCGGAAGGUCCUUCUCCUCCAGCUGAAGAAGCUCGUGGCCAACGACAAACUCGUGAAGGUGAAGAGCUCCUUCAAGCUUCCGGCCGCGAAGAAGAAUAAGAAGUUUGUUUCUGUUUCCGCACUAAAAGCUGUCGGCGCCAAGGAGAAGAAGGCAGCUGUCUCCAAACCUAAGCCGAAAGCAAAACCCAAAGCUAAGCCGGCUGCGAAGGCCAAUGCCGUGACAAAGAGGAAGGCGCCGGAAAGCAAGAAGGCUGAGAAGAAGCAGCUGGCCAAGGUGGCGAAUACCUCAACUAAAUCGACUCCGAUAAGGCCGGCGCAGUCUCGUUCGGAUAACGUUGUGCCUCAGCCGAACAAUCAAGUUCGCAGGAUGUUUAAUGUCAGAGAGUUAUGGGAUAUGGAAGAGAUGUUAGCUCCUAUAUACCCGUUCGAACGAGAAUGUAGCCCAAUCUGCAUUGCAACACUACAACAACAAACAUGGAACUUGUUUGGAGUUUGUGAGGUGUCUGGACGAGAAAGCAACAGAUUUGGAUGGACCUGGGUUUGGAAGAGGCAUUUCAACUUUGAGGCCAGGCGGCCGGAUGCUGGUCCCAACGACGAACCACUUCUUUUGUUUGCCGAACUCACUACAUUAUCACUCGUGGGACCUACAGAUGGAGAGUACGGUUGUCAGCAUUGUCUUUCUUACAUAAAUCACCCGCGUUGUGGAUUUCAUUCUGAGUGGAUAGCAAUCCUAAGUUACUCUGCAGAGGCUGCUGCUAAAUUGGCUGAAUUCGCUUUACAGGAUAUAUUGCGAAACAAGGCUGUUGAAGGCAAUGGUUUUACGGGCACGGGUGUAUUGAUGGACUUCACUGAAAAGAGGAAACAUUGGGUGCAUUUGAACUUUGAGGCAAGGGUGUGCCCCAAGGAAGAAGUGCUUUUUUUCACCGAACUCUAUUUAGAGGAUGGCAGUGAUGAUAAGUAUGUGCUUACAUUAUCACCCGCUGAGGCCACUUGGAUGCAGAAGGAGAAGGUGGACAUAGACAGAUCGUGGAUGUCCCUGUUGCCCGAA